AUGCCUUGUGAGUCUUCCUCCUCUCUCCCGCCUCUCCGAAAUCCCAACCCCGCGAUGCGCUGGUCCUCUGCUCUGCUCUCCGAUCUCUUUCUUCCCGAUCCUCGCCUCGCCGUCACAUGUCUUCAAGGCUACCUGCGUCAUACCCGCUUCCUGCGCCCCAAAACAUCCGAUUCCGCCGUACCUGCCUGGAAGCUCUACGCACCCACAUACGUCGUAGCUUCGCCUGUCGAGAAGCAUCAAGACUCUGCCUGA